GACAAGAUUUGAGUGGGGACGUAGAACCAAACCAUAUCACCUGGUCUCUCUACUUCCUGUCAAGUAGGUUAGUGGGCGGAGAGGAGGGCUAGAGAGGCUUCCUCUGAACAAUCUCCUUUCUUUUCCAAACUAUUUCUUUGACAGGCUGCUGGGUAGACUCUCUGGUCAAAGGAUGGUCCCUACUUAUGCUGCUAAAUUGCUCGGUGACAAAUUAGUAGACAAAGCUAAUGCACCAAAAAAAUGAAUGUAGUUAUAGUAAUGCUAACAUCCAAAUUCCUCUUUGUAAGACAUAGGCCUGUCAACCUUAUCUCCAUACUUCAAUUCCUAUUUCCACUCACAUCCCUCAAGAACUUGAUUUAUAAACAGUGUGCCUACCAUAAAACCAUCAAUCCCUCUAUGUAUUUAUAGACGACUGAAGGAAUAUCUUUCUUCCUUUCAUGCUACCGUGGUAGAAGAGUUUUAAAAGUCCGUGCUAGGCAGAGGCAGCCCUUUCUGCCCCUUUCUGUUCUCAGUUUAUUAGGAAAUGGCCUGAAAUUCCAGCAUGAUAGCAAGCUGGCAUCCUCUGUGGAAUGUGCAAACCAUGCCUGCAUCUGCCCAUUACCCUAGCUCAGUGUCUCUGGGCAUUUCUGCAGUUGUUCUGAAGGCUUGGCGUGUUUAUCUCCCACAGGCAGCUGAGCCGCCUCCCGUUUCAUGAGCAGACCAGUGGAAUGCAGUGGGAGAGACCCAGGCCUCCGGCCACCCAGAUUAGAGAGUUUUGUGCUGAGGUCCCUAUAUGGUUGUGUUAGACUGAACGACAGGCUCAAGUCUGUCUUUGUUCCUUGUUUGGGAAGCAAGUGGGAGGAGAGCAGGCCAAGGGGCUAUAUAACCCUUCAGUGUUCAGCUUCCCUGAACACCACCCAGUGUGGAGAAGCCCAGCCAAGCACUGUCAGGAAUCCUGUGAAGCAGCUCCAGCUAUGUGUGAAGAAGAGGACAGCACUGCCUUGGUGUGUGACAAUGGCUCUGGGCUCUGUAAGGCCGGCUUUGCUGGGGAUGAUGCUCCCAGGGCUGUUUUCCCAUCCAUCGUGGGACGUCCCAGACAUCAGGGGGUGAUGGUGGGAAUGGGACAAAAAGACAGCUAUGUGGGUGACGAAGCACAGAGCAAAAGAGGAAUACUGACCCUGAAGUACCCGAUAGAACACGGCAUCAUCACCAACUGGGACGACAUGGAAAAGAUCUGGCACCACUCUUUCUACAAUGAGCUUCGUGUUGCCCCUGAAGAGCAUCCCACCCUGCUCACGGAGGCGCCCCUGAACCCCAAGGCCAACCGGGAGAAAAUGACUCAGAUUAUGUUUGAGACUUUCAAUGUCCCAGCCAUGUAUGUGGCUAUCCAGGCGGUGCUGUCCCUCUACGCCUCUGGACGCACAACUGGCAUCGUGCUGGACUCUGGAGAUGGUGUCACCCACAAUGUCCCCAUCUAUGAGGGCUAUGCCUUGCCCCAUGCCAUCAUGCGUCUGGAUCUAGCUGGCCGAGAUCUCACUGACUACCUCAUGAAGAUUCUGACUGAGCGUGGCUAUUCCUUCGUUACUACUGCUGAGCGUGAGAUUGUCCGGGACAUCAAGGAGAAACUGUGUUAUGUAGCUCUGGACUUUGAAAAUGAGAUGGCCACUGCCGCAUCCUCCUCCUCCCUUGAGAAGAGUUACGAGUUGCCUGAUGGGCAAGUGAUCACCAUCGGAAAUGAGCGCUUCCGCUGCCCAGAGACCCUGUUCCAGCCAUCCUUCAUCGGGAUGGAGUCUGCAGGCAUCCACGAAACCACCUACAACAGCAUCAUGAAGUGUGAUAUUGACAUCAGGAAGGAUCUCUAUGCUAACAAUGUCCUAUCAGGGGGCACCACUAUGUACCCUGGCAUUGCCGACCGAAUGCAGAAGGAGAUCACAGCCCUAGCGCCCAGCACCAUGAAGAUCAAGAUCAUUGCCCCUCCGGAGCGCAAAUACUCUGUCUGGAUCGGUGGCUCCAUCCUGGCCUCUCUGUCCACCUUCCAGCAGAUGUGGAUCAGCAAACAGGAAUACGAUGAAGCCGGGCCUUCCAUUGUCCACCGCAAAUGCUUCUAAAACACUUUCCUGCUCCUCUCUGUCUCUAGCACACAACUGUGAAUGUUCUGUGGAAUUAUGCCUUCAGUUCUUUUCCAAAUCAUUCCUAGCCAAAGCUCUGACUCGUUACCUAUGUGUUUUUUUAAUAAAUCUGAAAUAGGCUACUGGUAA